AUGACGAACGUUGUCUCCAAUCAACCUUCGCUCAAGGCGGAGGAUGCUCUUGCGGGAAUGGCGCAUUCGGAAGCCCACUACUUCAACAGCUACAAUCAUCACGGCAUCCAUGAGGAAAUGUUGAAAGAUGAGGUCCGGACGAAGUCAUACCGAGACGCGAUAUACCAGAACAAGCAUCUCUUCAAGGACAAGAUUGUACUGGACGUAGGAUGCGGUACAUCCAUCCUCAGCAUGUUCGCUGUGAAGGCCGGUGCAAAGCAUGUCAUCGGCGUCGACAUGUCCACCAUAAUCGAGAAGGCGCGGGAAAUCGUGGCUAUCAAUGGCAUGUCUGACAAGAUCACGCUGCUACAAGGGAAGAUGGAGGAGGUUGAACUACCGUUUCCGAAAGUCGACAUCAUAAUAUCGGAAUGGAUGGGCUACUUCCUGCUGUACGAGAGCAUGUUGGACACCGUGCUCUACGCCCGGGACAAAUACCUGACGAAAGACGGCCUGAUCUUCCCGGACAAGGCGACCAUCUUCAUGGCUGGUAUCGAAGAUGGCGACUACAAGGAGGAAAAGAUUGGCUUUUGGGACAACGUCUGGGGCUUCGACUACACCCCCCUGAAAUACACCGCCAUGACCGAGCCCCUAGUCGAUACCGUCGACAUGAAAGCCGUUGUGACCGAUCCGACCGCAGUCUUCACCAUCGACCUCUACACCGUCAACCCCCAAGACCUCGCCUUCACCGUACCCUUCUCCCUCACCGCCCGACGCAACGACUUCGUGCACGCUAUAAUCGCAUGGUUCGACAUCGACUUCACUGCCUGCCACAAGCCGAUACGGUUCUCUACGGGUCCGCACACCAAGUACACCCACUGGAAGCAGACGGUGUUCUACCUGCAGGAUGUUCUGACGGUGGAGGCGGGAGAGCGCAUAGUGGGCGAGCUGGAUAGCAGGCCGAACCAGAAGAAUAAACGCGAUCUCGAUAUCAAGAUCAGCUACCAGCUCGAGACUCAGGAUCCUCAUCGGCAGGCGUACGGGCAGGGGGAGUACAGGAUGUGCUAG